CAAACCGCUUUGCCAGACGGUCGGUAAAAAAAAACAACGCAAGCAAAAUUCGCCAUCACGCGUCGUCGUCGGAAAGUGCUUUUCUGUGAAUGUCUAAUUAAUUUCGUUCAAUUUUGCAUCAAUUUCCGAGCGUAGAUGUGACCGUGAUUAGUCGGAGACCAAAUACAAUGGCCCCAACAAUCCAGAACGGCACAAAUGCCCCGGACAAACGCGGCGCAGUGGCUCGACCGCAGGAAAGAAGAUCCGAACUGAUCAGCCGGGUCAAGUACUGCAAUACCUUGCCGGAUAUUCCGUUCGAUCUGAAGUUCAUUACCUAUCCUUUUGAGAAUGAUCGGUUUAUUCAGUACAAGCCGACCUCGCUGGAGCGGAAUUAUCGCUACGAAGUGUUGACCGAGCACGAUUUGGGGGUGACCAUUGAUCUGAUCAACCGGGACCUGUACCAAAUCGAUCAUCUGGCUCAGCUGGAUCCGGCGGAUGAGAAACUGCUGGAAGAAGAUAUCCACACGCCGCAGGAUUCGCUCCGUAGCAGUCGGCAUGCCAAAUCGGUGUCCUGGUUGCGGAAGUCGGAAUACAUUUCGACGGAACAGACUCGGUUCCAGCCGCAAACAAUGGAAAAGGUUGAAGCCAAGGUCGGUUUCAACGUGAAGCAGAGUCUGCGGGAGGAAACCUUGUACAUGGACAGGGAAGCGCAGAUCAAGGCCAUCGAGAAGACGUUCGAUGACAACACGAAGGAAAUUACCGCCCAUUACAGCAAGCCGGGGGUUACUCCGGUGGAGAUUCUUCCGGUGUUUCCGGACUUUGCCAACUGGAAGUAUCCUUGCGCUCAGGUCAUCUUCGACUUCGAUCCGGCUCCGGCUGGUAAGAACGUCCCGGCCCAGAUGGAGGAAAUGUCUCAGGCUAUGAUCCGUGGUGUGAUGGACGAAAGUGGAGAACAGUUUGUAGCUUACUUCCUGCCUUCGGAGGAGACCCUGGAGAAACGACGUCGCGAUCUUGUUAACGAAACACUGUACGAAGACGAGGAGGAGUACGAGUACAAGAUGGCCCGCGAGUACAAUUGGAACGUCAAGAGCAAGGCUUCCAAGGGCUACGAAGAGAACUACUUCCUGGUUCUUCGCCAAGAUGGAAUGUAUUACAAUGAAUUGGAGACACGCGUUCGUUUGAGUAAACGUCGCCAGAAGGUUGGCCAACAGCCGAACAAUACCAAGCUGGUUGUCAAGCAUCGUCCAUUGAAUGCUUCGGAGCAUCGUAUGCAACGUUACCGGGAACGACAGUUGGAACCUCCCGGCGAAGAGGAUGAUGAGGACAUUGAAGAGGAGGAGGAAGAAGAGGAGGACAUGGAGGAAGAGAUUCAGGAAACUCAAGAAGAGGAAGGGGCAGAGAAGGACGAGGAAGGAGAAGAGGAUAAGGAUGAGGAUGCCAGAAGUCGUUCCAGAUCCCGGUCUCGCAGUGGAUCAGAGCGUUCCCGUUCAGGGUCUCGUUCGCGUUCCGGAUCGCGGUCUCGAUCGGUGUCCCGCAGUCGGUCACGAUCGGGAAGCCGCCAGAGCCGAUCGCGAUCGCGUAGUCGCAGUCGUUCGAAAUCCGGUAGCCGGAGUCGCAGUGCUUCCCGUUCCCGGUCCCGAUCGGCAGGUUCAAGAUCCAGAUCCGGAUCUCGAAGCCGAUCGGCAUCUCGUUCCCGAUCACGAUCGGGCUCAAGAUCGCGGUCUCGAUCGCGCUCCCGAUCUGGUUCGCGUUCCCAGUCGGCCGGAUCUAGAUCUCGUUCCGGCUCGAGAAGCCGAUCGGGAAGCCCAGCUUCUGGAAGAGGAUCGCGCAGCCGCUCUGGUAGUCGCUCCGGCAGUGAACAACGUUCCGGAAGCGGAUCCGAGUGAAGACAAGGGCGCUGGCCAAAUUGCUAAGCAACUAAUAGUUUCUCUUUCAAUCUUAAUAUGACUUGUAUCAUUCAUUAUGGAUAUUGGAAAUAAAUGAUCUAGAAAUAAAUA